GUGAGAUUUGCUCCUUGGGAAAGAGAUGGGUGGUUAGUGUCAUUCCUUUCCUUCCCGUUUGUUUUGUAUUGUUUCAGGUUUGACGCUUUGUUCUAAACCUUUAUCAAUCUUUUGCACGUGAUCUCGCUGUAGAAGACCAUGAAUUCUCGACCCAAAAAAACAAGGCUGAUGGAUCAAACUGAAAUUUUAGCAAAUGCUGAUGAGGAGGGCAAAAGUAAAGAUUGGAUUGAUGAGUUGCCGAGUUGUAUUGUCUCAUACAUACUUUCCUUGUUAACCAUAAAAGAUGCAUGGGAUGCAAGCUUGGUAUCCCGUCGGUGGCAUGAACAUUUGUGGAAUUCAAUAUUAACAAGGCCCAAUCUUGAAUUUGACAUUCCAAACAUUUUUGGAAGUAGAUAUGCUGGAGCCAAGUUUACUGAUACUACAUCGGAUAGCAUUCGUUUGAUAAAUCAAUUUAAAACACCAGACUUUGUACAACGUGUGAAUGCAGUUUUGAAGCACUACCGUGGUAAGAAGGUAGAGUCUUUCAAAGUGGCUUUCUUUCUUGAUGGAUCUACUGCCGACCUUGAUAACUGGAUUCGUUUUGCAAUUAGAAAGGGAGUUGAGGUCCUUCAUCUUCAUUUGUUUCAAGACCCCAUCCAUGGAACAAAGAAAUAUGUUUUUCCUUAUGAGUUACUUUCGGAACUGAAAUCUUCCACUCUGAAGCACCUGUCAUUGCACAGAUGUGUUCUACGACCUUCCCCUGAUCAUUUUGACAGAUUCAAUCAGCUAACAAGUCUUUGUCUUAAUCAAGUCGACCUGGGUGAAACAUUUCUUCAGGCAUGUAUGUUCUCCGUUUGUUUGUUCCUCGAGAGCUUGACCUUGAUUCGGUGCCAUCUGGAUUCAUGUCUGAUUGUUUCUGGUUCAUUACUUCAUCUAAAUGAUUUGAAACUUUUCCAGUGUUUUAACUUAUCAAGAAUUGAGAUUUCAGCAUUAAAUCUUAUCUCCUUUGAGUACACUGGACGCAUUCCCACUAUUUCUUUUAUCCAAGCUCCACGUUUAUCAAGAAUUUACUUUUGGGGGCUGAAUAACGAUACAAUAGCUAAUGCUAAUGCAUUAACCCAAUUUGCAUCGACUCCUGCGCUUGAGACUCUUCAACUAUUGAUUGUUCAGGAAGUACCCCAAAGUAUUCCAACAUUUAGAUACAUCAAGCAGCUGGACUUGAAUAUCGUUUUGGGUGAAAAGUCGGACUACAACGUUCAUGACCUGAUGUUGGUUCUGAAUCUUCUCAAGGCUACACCCGUUCUGGAAGAACUUGUGAUAAAGGUACGUCAUCCAAAGUACUCGGAGAAAAACCAACAAGAAAGAACAGAAAUUUCUGGGUUCGCACAUGAUUGUUUGAGAAGAGUUAAGAUGCAGGGAUUCCAAAGUAAUGCCUGUGAGAUAGAGUUUGCUAUUUGGCUUCUGAAAUAUUCAUUGAAGCUUGAGAUAAUGGUAAUCGACCCGUUUGGAGACAUGUAUUUGGGUGGGGAUAUGUGGGAGGGUUUAAGAUCGGCUCGCAGCUGGGAAGAACACAGAGCAUUUGUUCAAAAAGAACUAAAGAGAGUGCAGACUCAUGCUCAAGUUAUAGUUCUAUAAUAACUGUACGUAGUUCAUGUAUUUAGGUGGACUUCUUUGCUUUGAUGUCUAUAUAUGAUGUAACGAUAUAUUUUAAACUUUUCACAUUAUUGACUAUGAAGAUAUAUAUGCCCAAUCCUGACUGGAUAUAUAUGAAUAU